AUGAAGGCCACCACCGCCAUCUUCCUCACCAUUGCCACCCUCGCCACGGCGGCCCCCAGCCCCAACGCCGCGACCAACCUUGGCCUUCUCACCACCCGCCAGGGCUGCUCGUACGCGUGCGUCUGCCAGACAGAUGGGGAGGGAGAAGGCCCCAGCCCCGACACGACCAGGUGCUGCACCGGCGGCACUCCCGUGAACGAAGGCGUCGCCUGCACGGAAAUGAACUUCGCCGCCGCCGUCAACUUCGUCGGCUGUUGCACGCUCGGACACAUCUGCACCGUCGCUUCGGGCUGCGAUCCCAUCCCGGACAAUUAG